AUGGCGCGAGGCUCUUCACCCUUGCCAAUCCGGCAUUCAAACGCUCUACCACGCACACCCUCGCACGCUCGCAAUACAAUAACUAUCGACGACGCUGAUGAUCUAGCAGACACAAUUCCCUGCUCACCGUCUGCUUUCCUACGAGAUCCUCAGACUACACAACCAACACAGGUUCUUCAGAACCCCAUGCUUGCACCAAUGCGAUCUUCCUCGCCUGCAAGCAGUAUCAUCGAAGUUCCUGCGUCCUCACCCUUUCAACCUAAGAACUCUACACCUCUUGGAAACCGACUCGCCCCUGCUGGCACCGUGUUCCGUCCACCACAGCGGACUUUUCCCACCAUGACCAACAAGCGACCUGCUGUUGAGCCCAUCAACCUCAUCUCCGACGAUGAGGACGAUCUCACACCUCCCCGUGGCGAUAUUCGACCGACGACGUUUAAGGCACAUAUCUCGGGGUAUGCAUAUCAACCCGAACCGGAGGACUCAAGCGUCACGAAGAAACUUCGACAGAUAUACGAUAUCUUUGGAGAUAGGGUGCCAUCAGAGAAGGCUAAGAAGGCCUUGAGUGCAUGUAAUCACGAUCUCGAAGAUGCCCUGGUCUAUCUUGAGCGGCAGUUACUUCAGACAAAGCCAACAACGAAACCCAACAACGGUAGACGGCUGAUCAAUAAGGGAGUUUUACAAUCAGCAGCAGCAUUUAGCCGGGGUAACUCCCGUUCUGGAUCCGUCACAGCAUCUCCAAGUCCGGAAAAGAAACCUCGACGACGGCUGGUGCAAGGUCGACGAAAGCAAAGCAUUCCUUCCUCGCCUGUAUUCCCUUCCUCUCCUGCCCAACCCUCGAGCGACGACCCCUUAGUCAUUAAUCUUGUCGAUGAUGAUGAUAAGGGGGAUGAUUACGAGGCUGAGGCGUCUCCAGACCCUUCGGAUGACGAAGACGACCGAGUACUGAAAUGCAUCAACACAAGCACUGUCCAGGAACUGGCAGCCAUGACAGGCAUGAAGGAGGACCAACUUGCAUGCAUGAUCGAGAAGCGACCCUUUGAAGAUAUUUCAAAGGCCAGGCGUGUAACUGUGGGCAAGAAACCUGGCGCUCGAAAGGCGUCCAAGGUCAGCAUCGGCGAGAAUGUUGUAGAGGCCGUUGAAGUCUUCCUCAACGCAGUCGCCGCAAUCGACAAUGUUGUCGCCAAAUGUGAGCGCGAUGCCAAAAACAUCAAGCAGCAAGUAGAUACCUGGGAUAUCGAUACUUUCGGGCAUGACAAGCGAGAGCGUCGUCUCAACUCCGAAGACCUUCCUCCAACUCCUACAAGCAUCAGUUCGACCAAAUACGUCCGCCCACCUAUCCCUCAGCAGCCCAAGUACAUGGAUGGCUACUGUCGAAUGAAGCCAUUCCAACUUGUUGGUCUCAACUGGAUGUCCCUGCUCUACAACUUCAACAUUGGUUGUAUUCUGGCUGACGAGAUGGGUCUGGGCAAGACUUGCCAAGUGAUCUCACUCAUCAGUCACCUUGUCGAGGAUUAUGAAAACGGGAACAACAAACAGAGACGGCCCUGGCCUAACCUGGUCGUUGUUCCUCCCAGUACCUACAAUAAUUGGCUUGUCGAGUUUGAAAAGUUCGCCCCAGGCCUGGAGGUAAUCGGCUACCGAGGCUCUCAGCCGGAGCGGGCUGAUAUUGCAUACAAUAUUGAACAAAACCCUGAUUACUAUCACGUCGUUCUUGCCACGUACUCUCAAAUCAACAACGAGGCGGACAUUGAGGCUAUGCAGUCUAUUCGACUCAACGCUGCCAUUUUUGACGAAGGUCACAAGAUGAAGAACCCCGAGACCAAGAUCUACAAAGAUCUUCGCCGUAUUCCGGCGUCGUGGAAGAUGCUUCUCACGGGAACUCCGGUUCAGAACAAUUUGUUGGAGAUGACCUCGCUUCUCAAUUUUAUCAAUCCCGAGAUAUUCAACGGCUGCAUGCAACAUAUCCAGUAUAUCUUCAGCCAGAAGGUCACUAUCAGAGACGUUUCGAACGGCGCUUUCUUAUACAGUGAGCGUGUCAAACGAGCCCGCACCAUCCUAGAGCCUUUCAUCCUUCAGCGUCGCAAGGAUCAAGUCCUGUCAGACAUGCCUCCCAAGGUCUGCAACGUUGUCCGCUGCGAGUUGGACAAGAACCAGAAAGAGGUUUACACCGAAUACGAGGAGAUGUUCAAGAUGGAGCCAUCCAAGCGCAUUACCAAGGUCCGCGGUCGUGGAAAUGAUCAAAACAACUGCUGGAUGCAGCUCCGCAAGGCAGCUCUCCACCCGCUCUUGUUCAGACGACACUUUGAUGACAAGAAGAUCGAGAAGAUGGCCAGGAUCUUGAUGGACAGUGUUUCUCAGGAGGAUCUGCGUCAACCCGACAUCAAGCACCUUAUCCAAGAGCUCAAGGACUCUUCGGACUUUGGACUCCACCUUUGGUGCCGUGACUAUCCCGGCCUUCUCUCGAAAUUUGAUUACCCUCCAGAAACAGAGAUGGAUAGUGGCAAGGUCAGAAAGCUACUCGAGCUGAUCAACCAGUACCAGGAGAACGGUGAUCGGGUUCUUGUCUUCAGCAAGUUCUCUCGUGUCAUCGAGCUCUUGCAGGAAGUACUCGCUCAGCAGGGAAUCCAGCAUCGGGUCUUAAUGGGUAGCACCACUGUUGGAGAACGACAGGCGUUGAUUGACGAGUUCAACGAUGACCCUGAUAUCCCCGUCUUCCUUCUCACGACUGGAGCAGGUGGUACAGGCAUCAAUCUUACGGCUGCCAACAAGGUCGUCAUCUUCGACCAAUCUGACAACCCUCAGGAUGACAUCCAGGCCGAGAAUCGCGCCCACCGUCUCGGCCAGAAGCGAGACGUCGAAAUCAUCCGUCUCAUCGCAUCAAACACUAUUGAGGAGCUCAUCUACAAGGCGUGUCAGAAGAAGAUCGAGCUCGCAAACAAGGUCACAGGUGCUGUUGCCGAUGAAGACCCCGUCAUGGCAGAGCAGACUCUCGAGACAGAGGUUCGCAAGAUGCUUAUGAAGGAACAAAUGACACCUCCUUAG